GAGAGAGAGAGAGAGAGAGAGGAGAAGAUAAGAAGCAAAAACAGAAAAGGCUGCUCCACUCUUACGAAUUGGAGAAGAAAGAAAGCGCUCCCCCCCCCUCCCCCCCCCCCUGUCUCUCUCUCUCUCUCUCUCUCUCUGUUUAACAUGGUGGAGCUGUUGUUGUCUUACCACUGGCUUAUUAAGCUGCUUGCUAUCUCUUUCUUGGCAUUAGUUUUGUUGUUAAAGAUUGCAGUGUUACUUUGGUGGAGACCUCGAAGAAUUGAACACCAUUUUGCCAAGCAAGGAAUCAGAGGACCCCCUUAUCGUUUCUUCAUUGGUAAUGUGAAGGAGCUUGUGGAAAUGAUGUUAAAGGCCUCUUCUCAACCCAUGCCUUUCUCUCACAACAUACUUCCUAGAGUUCUCUCUUUUUACCAUCACUGGAAGAAAAUCUACGGUGCAACGUUUCUAGUGUGGUUCGGACCGACGGUUCGACUCACCGUGUCCGACCCAGACCUCAUUCGAGAAAUCUUUACUUCCAAGUCUGAAUUUUAUGAGAAGAUUGAGGCUCACCCUCUUGUUAAACAGCUCGAAGGUGAUGGACUGCUUAGCCUCAAAGGAGAAAAAUGGGCUCACCAUAGGAAAAUUAUAGCACCCACAUUCCACAUGGAGAAUCUCAAAUUGCUAGUUCCGGUGGUGGCAAAGAGCGUAACGGAUAUGCUGGAGCAAUGGUUGACAGUGUCAAAUUCCGACGAGGUAGAAAUUGAAGUUUCUGAAUGGUUCCAAACCCUAACAGAAGAAGUCAUUACGAGAACAGCAUUUGGUAGUAGCUACGAAGAUGGAAAGGCCAUUUUUCGAUUGCAAGCACAGCAAAUGGUCCUUGCUGCCGUAGCAUUCCAAAGAGUUCUGAUCCCUGGCUACAGGUUCUUUCCAACAAAAAGAAACGUGAAUUCGUGGAAACUGGACAAAGAAAUCAGGAGAUCGUUGAUGAAGCUUGUAGAAAGGAGAAGAGAGGGCUCGAGCAUUAUCAACGAAACACAUCGUCAUGGUCCUAAGGAUUUGUUAGGACUAAUGAUUCAAGCCUCAAAUUCAUCUAAAGAUGUAACCGUACAUGACAUUGUUGAAGAGUGCAAGAGCUUUUUCUUUGCGGGCAAACAGACCACAUCCAACUUGCUGACGUGGACAACAAUCCUACUCGCAAUGCACCCACAUUGGCAGGUUCAAGCACGUGAGGAGGUCUUGAGGGUGUGUGGAUCACGUGACAUACCCACCAAAGAUGAUGUUGUCAAGCUUAAGACGCUGACCAUGAUUCUAAAUGAAUCCUUACGGUUGUACCCACCGACGAUCGCAACAAUUAGACGGUCGAAAGCUGAUGUAGAGCUGGGGGGCUACAAAAUCCCCCGUGGGACCGAGCUCCUGAUACCGAUAUUGGCCCUUCAUCAUGAUCAAUCCAUAUGGGGCCACGAUGCAAAUGAAUUCAACCCUCGUCGCUUCUCGAAUGGCGUGGCCCGAGCAGCAAAGCACCAUGUGGCGUUCAUUCCAUUCGGGCUAGGAGUCCGAACCUGCAUUGGCCAAAAUCUAGCCAUCUUGCAAGCCAAAUUAACACUCGCCAUAAUACUGCAACGAUUCUCUUUCAGAUUGGCCACUAGCUAUCAACAUGCACCAACGGUCCUGAUGCUACUUUACCCCCAACAUGGUGCGCCCAUCAUCUUUCAACGCCUGCCCAAUCCAUGAUGAUCAAUCAUCAAAUACUCCAAUGAAAUCAAGGCUCAUAAUAAUAAACCCAUCCCUAUCCUUUCGUGAGAGUGUGCAAUUAAGAACUUCAGCAAGUUUCCCAGCAAAAUAUAUAAUAUUGUUGCCAUUAAAAUAUCCAUAGGGCCUGUGAGGAGGAGUGGCAGUAGUAGCUAGCUAGUAGUGUACAAUGGAUUAAGCAAGAAAUGUCAUUGCCUAUAUAUGUACCUGCGUACGUACCCACCAAGCUCCUUCCCUCCAAGUUAAUACACUAACCCACCAUGGCCAUGGGAUUUCAACAAAAUACAUGCAGUUUACCCUAAUCCAUGGUUUUCACGCAGGUGUUCACCGUCGAAUUUGAGUUUCAAUCAGCCUAGCUAGGACAGUAAAUGUUUAACAAUUAGGUCUCUCUCAUAUGUAUGUAGUGUAUAUUGUUCAAGAUCUCUAGACAGUUUUGUAAUAUUUUGGUUUUUUAAGCUUCCUCUGUCGUUUAUUAUAA